AGAAACCUCUUCUACGCUAACACUGGUCUCCACAAAGCCGACGCCUCCGCCCGCUUCGCGGCAUCUGCCGGCAGUCCACCUUCCCGCCGUUGGGAGGCUCCCGCUCUCCGGCCCGGCCGCCGCCCGGCCGGUUGCUUGCGGCUGCGGUUGCUCUGGGCUCCUGGGGCGCCGGCUUGUCCUGCCCCGCACCUCGCUGUUCCAGUCCGUGUUGAUUGAUUGCCGUUCGCUUUGAUUGCGAGGUACCAGUAGCUAGUUACGUGCUUGCCAAUCGAAGGUUUGGAACUUUUGUUUUCUUGGGAGGAUUAUUGUUUGAUACUAGCAUCUCAGGCGAGCUGUUCUAAUUUUUGGGUAGGAUUAUCGUUUGAUACUAGCAUCUCACGCCAGCUGUUUUAAUUUGGGGCUACGCUGUGUAGGUUAAGUGUACUAUGAUUUACUCAACGUUCCAUAUUAUUAGUCGUUUUGAUUUUUCUAAUUCAUAAAUUUUGCUAUGCACAUAAACAUAUAUCAUAUACAUCCAGAAAAACUAAAAUAACUAAUAAUUUGAGACGGAGGGAGUAGUUGUCGUAAUAGUAGGCGACCAGCUUUUGUUUUGUUCAUACUUAGGAGGCCGCUGCCGGUCUCACCUGCCUAGCAGGGCUGAAACAUGCGCGGAAAUUGGAGGAUUAAUCGGUUCUGUUCGGUUCUCAGGAGUUGAAUGUACAUCUUGAAUAGAUUCUGAUAGCAGCACCUUUUUGCGUUAAAUCAUGCACGAUUUGGGAUUUGGCCAUUUGGGUGAUCAUGCCAUGCUGUUGCUUGUUUACAGUACUAGUAUUUCGCGGUUCACGCUUGCAAGUGAAACUGGUCCUUGUCUAGUUAUAUUUGCCUCUCUUGUUAUGCUUACACAGGCUCUAAUUGCUGCAUUUUUUUCAUCAUAAUGCUGCUUUUUUUAAAGAUUGUGGCAUAAAAAAAUAUUAUCCAGAAGCUACAUUUCUUCGUCAUGCACCUUACACUAUAAUUUUAUAUGGUAUUCAGGAUUGCUAAACCCAUGUCAAUCUUUCAACAGAUGGUGAGCGCCUUGACGGGGGUGAUGACAUCUGUCAUCAGCAAGCUUACGGCGCUGCUUGGACAGGAGUACACAAAGCUGACAGGUGUCCAAAGAGAGGUGAACUUUAUGAAGGAUGAGCUGAGCAGCAUGAACGCCCUCCUACAGAGGCUGGCAGAGGUGGACGGUGACCUUGAUGUGCAGAUGAAGGAGUGGCGAAGACAAGUGCAAGAGAUGUCUUAUGACAUAGAGGAUUGUAUCGAUGACUUUAUGCAUCGUGCUGGACAUAACAGCACGGUUGAUUCUGCAGGACUAGUUCAUAGGGUGAUUCAACAGCUUAAGGCCCUGAGAGUGCGCCAUCAAAUCGCUAGCCAAAUCCAGAAUCUCAAGGCACGUGUUGAAGAUGCUAGCAAGCGGCGCAUGAGAUACAAGCUUGAUGAGCGUGCCUUUCAGUCUAGCACCACAACUGCCAUUGAUCCUCGUUUGCCUUCAUUGUAUGUUGAGCCAGAUGGGCUUGUCGGUAUCGACCAGCCAAGAGACGAGCUUAUCGGGUUGCUAAUGGAGGAGGAGGGAGCAUCAGUACAACAGCUGAAGGUGAUAUCUAUUGUGGGUCCUGGGGGUCUUGGUAAAACCACUCUCGCAAAUGAGGUGUACCACACACUGGAAGACCAGUUCCAGUGUCGAGCUUUCGUUUCUCUGUCUCAGCAGCCUGAUGUAAAGAAGAUCUUAAGAAACAUAUUCUCUCAAGUCAGCCUGCAGGAGUUAUUUAACAUGGAAAUGUGGGACGAGGAAAAGCUCAUCAACACAAUUCGAGAAUUUCUAAAGAACAAGAGGUACUUCAUUGUUAUUGAUGAUGUAUGGAGUACUCAAGCAUGGAAGACCAUCAAAUGUGCUUUGUAUAUGAACAACUGUGGAAGCAGAAUUAUUACAACUACACGUAUAAUUUCUAUAGCAAAGUCGUGUUGUUCUCACCAUGAUCAUGUCUACGAGAUAAUACCUCUUAGUGCAGAUGACUCUAAAUGUUUAUUCUUCAAGCGAAUCUUUGGCUCCGAAGAUAUAUGCCCUCCUCAAUUGGAAGAAGUUUCCAAUGAAAUCUUGGAAAAAUGCAGUGGUUUGCCACUGGCCAUUGUUACUAUAGCUAGCUUAUUGGCUAAUAAAGCCAGUACGAAAGAAGAAUGGGACAGGAUAUGUAAUUCAAUUGGUUCAACACUGGAAAAGGACCCUGAUCUGGAAGAGAUGAGAAGGAUAUUAUCCCUUAGCUAUGAUGACCUCCCCCACCAUUUGAAGACAUGUCUACUGUACUUAAGUAUAUUUCCAGAAGAUUAUGAAAUUGAAAGGGAUCAAAUUGUAAAAAGAUGGAUUGCUGAAGGAUUCAUUAAUACAGAGGGUGGACAAGACUUGGAGGAAAUAGGAGCAAGCUAUUUUAAUGAUCUUAUCAACAGAAGCAUGAUCCAACCAAUGCAAAUCAAAUAUGAUGGCCGAGUGGCCUCGUGCCGAGUCCAUGAUAUGAUUCUUGAUCUCCUUAUAUCCAAGUCAAUUGAAGAAAACUUUGUCACAUUCAUGUCUGGCAAAUGUCAGAGAUUAUUUUUACAAGGAAAGGCUCGUCGGCUAUCUCUCAACUAUUAUUCCGAGGAGCAGGCCAUGGUCCCAACAACAAUGAUCAUCUCUCAUUGCCGAUCACUCAGUAUCUUUGGGUAUUCUGAACAUAUGCCUCGCCUUUCUAAGUUUCGAGUUCUCCGGGUACUUGAUAUAGAAAAUGGUGAGGAAAUGGAACACAAAUAUUUUGAACAUAUAAGGAGGCUUCUUCACUUGAAGUAUCUGAGACUCCAUCUAAGAAGCAUUGUAACACUCCCUGAACAACUAGGAGAACUGCAACAUUUGCGGACCCUAGAUCUAGGAGAGACAAAGAUUACAAAAUUCCCCAAAAGCAUUGUUCAACUGCAAAACCUAACAUGUUUGCGUGCUAGUAAUAUGGAAUUACCUGAAAAUAUUGGGAAUUUGCAUGAUCUGCAGGAGCUAUGCGAGAUCAAAAUCAACCAAAACUGCUCGGCCUCUUCUUUACUGGGGUUGGGCAGUCUGACUAAACUGAGGAUUCUCGGAGUACGCUGGUGCAUUGUCAAAACGGACACUGACAGCAGAGCUUUUAUUGAUAACUUGCUCUCAUCACUACGCAAACUUGGCAGACUCAACCUUCGGUCUCUAUGCAUUCAGGGUUAUUAUGGUUAUUCCAUAGAUUUCUUAUUGGAUUCUUGGUUCCCUACCCCUCAUCUCCUCCAGAAGUUUCAGAUGAGCUUGAACUACUAUUUCCCCAGAAUUCCAGUUUGGAUAGCACCACUUGGUAGGCUCACCAACCUGAAAAUCAAUGUUGAUCCAGUAGAUGAGAAAACAUGGGAGAUACUUGGAAAUCUACCAUCGUUAAUGUUCCUCUUUGUGACAUCAAAAGCAGCAGCCCUCAAGGAAAGGUUUGUAGUAAGCAGCAGCAUGUUCAUAUGCCUGAAGGAAUUUCACUUCACCUGCUGGAACACCGGGCCUGGGAUGAUGUUUGAAGCAGGGGCCAUGCCAAUACUCGAGAAAAUGCGGGUUCCAUUUAAUGCAGGCAGCGGUCUCAAUUUUGGAAUCCAGCAACUCUCUUCCCUUAGGCAUCUUGUUGUCGAGAUCAUUUGCAGUGGCGCGACGGUUCAGGAAGUGGAUGCAUUGGAAGAAUCUAUCAGGAGUGCAGCUGAUCUCCUUCCAAACCGACCCACCCUUGAAGUUCGAACAUGGGAUGAAGAAAAUAUGGCUGAGGAGGAAAGCAUGACUGAAGAGAUUCACACAAGAGGGUGAAAUUCAGCAUGAAGUAUAUGUAUAUGUACACAGUAUCCCUCUCAUUGGAUGUAUAGCUCUUUCUUUUCUUAUGAUGGAUUGUUACAAUACAUCAACUGAAGAUACGCAUUGUCCAGCUAUGCUACUUGGGAUCCCCAAUUUUUUCUGACCAAGUUUACAUAAUCUUUUAAAAGCGUAUAAGCAUGACUGCAUGAAAGUUGGGAAGACAAACCAUGGCCCAUGCUCCAGGUGUCCAUCAACUGUGUGCAGCUCAUCAAGCAAUCGUAUGUGCGGAAUCAAUAGGUAGGCUUGAAGCAGCUGCCCUUGGAUCAAGAGAUCUUGCAUAUAGUAGUACGGAACAAGGUCAAGGAUCUACCACAAAUACUUUGUGAUGGAUGUAGACCACCAACGGCUCUUGUAGGAAUGGUCGGAUGGAAGAACUGGAUCCUCUAUGCCAUCUCAACAAGGGUGGCAAAUGAUGCUGGCUCUUUUUUUAAAAUGUUUUUUUAUUUUCACUCACUUGUCUACAAUAUAGGCUUAGGUGUAUCAUCUAGUCCAUCUAGUGAUCAGCUUGGAAUUGGCACUUAUUGCUCUGUUUCCAGUUCUCAGUUUUUCAGGCUGUUUUUAACUGAAUCAUUCAUAUGCCUAUUGUAUAUUCAGCAAAUUGAGGUCACUUUUUUCUUC